UCCUCACCUAGUUUUUCCUGCUCGUCUUAUUUCCUCUGCUCCUUCUUCUCUCCUUCCCAGAACCAGAACCAGAACCAGAAGUGGUAGAAAAACCCCCGUAUCAACAUCCGUUAUUUAACGAACCUUCCAUUCUCACACACCGAGGAGAGAGAGAGAGAGAGAGAGAGAGAGAGAGAGAGAGAGAGAGAUGGGGAACUGCUGGCCAUCUCCGGUAGUCAAUCAUAUUAGCCCACCCACCACCAAAGAUUACAACCCAGCACCCAAACAUGAUGCGAGAAUAGAACAGAGCAAGAGCCCCGAAAACAGGGCAUCGUUGCCUCUGCCGCCUCCGGCGAAGGAGGGCAGGCGCGUGGCGGGGGAGGAAGUGCCUCCGUGCGGGAGAAUUGUGACGCCCAACUUGAGAAGCUACACAUAUGCCGAAUUGAAGACCGCGACUAAGAAUUUUCGGCCUGACACGGUGUUGGGGGAAGGAGGGUUCGGGAGGGUUUUCAAGGGUUGGGUGGAUGCGAAAACCCACGCGCCGUCGAAGGCCGGUGUCGGAGUGCCGGUCGCCGUGAAGAAAUCCAAUCCUGAUAGCUCUCAAGGACUUAAAGAGUGGCAGGCGGAGGUCAAAUUUUUGGGUAAAUUUAGCCAUCCAAAUCUAGUUAAGCUAUUGGGUUACUGUUGGGAAGACGGUCAAUUUCUCCUUGUCUACGAAUACAUGCAGAAAGGCAGUUUAGAAAGUCACCUUUUCAGAAAGGGUGCUGAAUCGCUCUCGUGGGAUACGCGGCUUAAAAUAGCGAUAGGGGCAGCGCAGGGACUUGCGUUCUUGCACACGACAGAGAAACAAGUCAUCUACCGCGACUUCAAAUCAUCCAACAUACUGUUGGAUGGGGAUUUUAACGCGAAGCUUUCGGAUUUUGGGUUGGCAAAGUUAGGUCCAGUAGAUGGCGAUUCACACGUGACAACAGGCAUUGUUGGUACGUAUGGCUAUGCCGCUCCAGAGUAUAUGGCCACUGGUCACUUGUACGUGAGGAGCGAUGUCUACGGUUUUGGAGUGGUUUUACUUGAAAUACUAGCAGGCCAAAGGGUGCUUGACAUGGAACGAGCAACUGGGCAGCACAAUUUGGUUGACUGGGCAAGGCCUUUCUUACCUGAUCAAAAGAAGCUAAAGAAAAUCAUGGAUCCACAAUUGGCGGACCAGUACCCUUCAAAAGCUGCGUUCCAAAUAGCUGAGCUUGUACUCAGAUGCCUAGAAUCGGACCCUAAAAAACGGCCACCCAUGGAAGAAGUUUUGGAGAAUUUACAAACGAUUCAGGCCAUCAAAAUGAAGCCCAAGGAGUUGAAAGCCAGCGUGAAGCAGAAGCAAACGGCCCAGAGGCACCAACAGAGUCCUGGAAAUUAUCACCAUCAUCGCCAUGGUCAUACCCAAUCCCCGGUUCACCACAAGAACGAUGGUGUAGCCGGAGCUAAACGAUAUGAAAUGUACUCGGGCCACUGACCUCUUGAUUUGAGAUCACUGCUUAGAUUCUUGGCGCUCACUGCAAUUUACGAGAAUAUUUUUGUUACAGCUCAAUUAAUUAGGCAUAUAAUGGCCAAUGUGAAAUUCCUGGGAGUUGCUGGAGUGGUCCGAAUUAUCAAUCGGCUGUGCCAGAAAAAGGUUUGAUAUUGGGAAAAUGAACACUGUUCUGUUGUGUUCUGUAAUGUUAAUUUAGUUUAGUUUUUUGUAUGGCAAAAUUGUUGUAAAGUUAGCGAUGUUAUAUCGAACUCAAAUAAGUUAUAGAUUUUCUUAUUUUGGA